AUGACAACCCUAGAAACCUACCGCGGAGUCUAUCUGUGGAAUUAUAUCCCCAGUCUGCCCGCUGCCAUCACCUUUGCCGUUCUGUUCGGCCUCGCGACAGCAGCUCACGGCUGGAGAAUGAUAGUUACGAAAUCGUGGUUCAGUCUUCCAUUCGUCGUUGGUGGCCUACCUCGAGCAGCCGCACAUGGUUUCACGGGCUCGUUAGUACCAUACAUCGUUCAGGACAUCUGCCUAGUCAUCUCCCCGGUAUUCUUUGCCGCAACACUGUACAUGGUAUACGCCCGCAUCGUCACAGCCGCCAUGGGAGAGACAUACUCUCCCAUUCCUCCACGUCGGACGACCAUUAUAUUUGUGUUUGGGGACCUCAGUUGCCUCAACAUUCAAGCCGGCAGUGCUGGCUUGCUGCCCCAUCCGAGAAUAGCCAACAUCGGGGACUACAUUAUAGUUGUCGGGCUAAUACUCCAGGUCCUCAUGUUUAUCGGCUUCAUGGCAUGUUGCCUGCUCUUCAACAAACGGUUCUGCAAGCACAUGGCCGAGACUGGCAACACGAGGGAUAUCCCCUGGCAGUCAUGCUUGAACAUGCUUUACGGGACAUCGUUGACCGUCUUGGCGCGAAAUAUCUACCGGGUGAUUGAGUUCCUCAUGGGUCAGGAUGGAUACCUUCUCGAGAAUGAGUGGCCGCUGUAUGUAUUCGAUGGGGCGUUGAUGUUCUUGGUGAUGCUCGGUUUCUUCAUCUGGCAUGCUUCAAGUCUGCUGCGCCCAGAGUUCAGGGACUCGUUGGUGGAGCUCACAGGCCGACAAUCUGAUGUUGCCGGCGACUCGUGUACCGACAUGCGAUGUUUAGAGAGUAUGGAUACAUAG